AUGUUAUCGAUGUAUUUUUUUUUUGUGCAAAAUGUGUUUUCUUGAUUUUCUCAAAACAAAAAUUUGCUUCAAUUUACAUCAUGAAUUUAUAAAUCUCUAAAUAUUUCGUAAUAAACACUUUAAUAUAAAAAAUAAUAAUGACGUCAGAAAACGAAUCACGGCCUGGAGUUGGGGCGUUGCAAAAUAUGCAGUUGCUGAAGAAAGAAAGUACUGUUUUCAAAGUUCCUAAAGUGCCCCCCAAAAAAGUGAUAAAAAAAUCAAAAGUUCUUGACGAGGAGGAUUAUGUAGAGGGUAUUGCAAAAAUAAUUCAAAGAGACUUUUUCCCGGACUUAGAAAAACUAAAGGCACAGAAUGAUUUUCUUGAGGCUCAAGAAAACAGAGACUAUGUGAGACUUAGGGAACUAACAAGAAAGUAUAGUGGAACUAGACCUCCUACUGAACCAUAUAAUUCUCCAGCGACGUUUGACACACCUGGUGCUGACAGGCCAUAUUCACCAUCAGCGCAGGAAGAUCAAGGUGCUUCCUCUACUGUUGGAUCUAAUGUCAAGGAAAAACCAAAAGACGUAACUGAAAACCAUACAUUAGAUUCAUUCCUUGCAAGUCACACGAGUGAAGACAACGCAAGCUACGACCGUGUGAUCGCUCUGGAGGACAAGAAGCGUGCAUCAAAGUUAGCGUCGCAGUUGCAGGCAGAAGUCACCUCUGCAGCUCUGGCUAACUCCGCCCUUGCUCUACCGUCCAUAGAACAGCAAGCAGACCAGACUGACAGGCCUGAUGAGUUGGACACGUGGCGCUACCGAGCGAAGAACUUCAUAAUGUACGUGCCGGACGGCGCCGAGCAAGCCCCUGCGGCCAAGCCCGAGCUGCAGCACCGCAACACGCGCCUGCUCGCGCAGCCCUUCGACUACGUGAAGAACCAGGAGACCAUCAGCGCGUUGGCUAGGAGUCAAGACGCGAGUAUUAAAGGCAAGAUAGGCGUGGACGGCGUGAGCGUGACGAGCGAGCGCGCGGGCGAGUACGCGCCGCUGAGCACGCCGUCGCCGCGGCCCGGCGCCGGCCCCGACCGCUCGCCGCUCAUGACGUGGGGCGAGAUCGAGGGCUCGCCCUUCCUCCUCGACGGCGGGGACACGCCGCUGCCUGCGUUGGGUGCGGGCGCGGCGUACCGCAUGCUGGAGGGUGGCGCUCGGGAGCGUAUAGCGCUGCAGCUCGCCGAGCAAGUUGCCAAAAGGCGAAGACCCACCACGCCACGAAGUACCACUCCCACACAUAGUUUCAGAACAAACACCGAACGUCUGGCGAGCAUGUCGCCUGCGGCAAGGAAAUUGGCGGCGAAACACUUACUCUCUCCAAGACUCAAAUUGACCCCCAACGAUAUGGGGAUAUCACAUCCAACCCCAAAACGGACCCCCAUUCAGAGGACGCCCUUAGUCGCCACCCACAAACAGACUGAUGGUAAAACUACCCCAUACACUUCAAACUCAGAUGCCAACAAUGGCACUGGUUUGCCAGAAAAUAACAAUAUCACAGAUAACCUCUUGCAAAUUAAUGUUGUGAAGCGAACUAGGUUAAAGGCGCAAGAUUUCUUCAAGUGAUUAUUUAUAGUUAGGUUAUAAAAACAAUUUUUCUAAAUAAAUUAUUAUAAGAUGAA